AUCAUAAUUCAUGAUACGUCUUCCAUAUCUACAACAAUACGAAAUAUUAUUCAACAAAAUAUUCUUUUAAAACAUUCAUUGUUAAUCAUUGUAUUCGCUUGGCCACUUGAUUUGCCAACAUUUAACCAUGAUGAUAUAACAAAUCAUCUUAAUUUUCAAGCUCAAGAAGAUAUAGGAUGUGGAAUACUUAUGCACAUUAUACAAUCAAUCUAUGAAACAAAAUUUUAUAGUUAUCCGAAUAUAUUUGUUUUGACACAAAAUUCUCAACUGCCUGUUAACAGAAACAAUCGACAAAAUUUUAAUAUAACUCAAUCACCAAUAAUUGGUUUUGCAAGAUCUCUUAUUAACGAAUAUACAAUGAAUCGUAUGAAAUUAAUUGAUAUACAAAGUUCUAAUUUAUCAGUGAAUCUUUUCAAUUCUUUAAUCAACGAAAUGUAUUCUACUAUAUAUAGUUCAUCGAAUAGUUUCCAUGAUGAAGAAGUUAUAUUAAGUUCAUCUGAGAAUAUCAAUAUUAUUCAGAGAUAUUUACCAAUGUAUGCAAUGAUUCAACCAUCAAAAUAUUCAAAGUUAAAUAAUGUGAAAACAACAAUUAUUCCAAAGUAUGAUGCUGAUCGUAUUAAUUUUCAAUUGCAAGUACCAACAUCUCGACUUAUAUCUGAUCUUAAAUGGACUUGUAGUAAUAAUGAUACAAAUACAACUAUGCUUACAUCGACACAAGUUGAAAUUCGAGUUCAUUGUAUUGGUAUCAGUUUUAGAGAUAUGUUAAAAGUACGUGGUUUAUAUCCUUAUACACGAGAAAUUGGAAUUGAAUAUGAUGAUAAUGAUAAAACAAUCGGUAUGGAUUUUUCUGGUAUUAUUGUUCGUAAAGGUACUGAAGUAAAUCUAAAUCUAAAUAAUCGAGUAUUUGGUAUGAUAACAACUAACGGAGCUUUUAAAUCACAUAUUAUACUAGAUCAAAAUGAUAUUGUUGAAGCACCAUCAAACUUUACAAUGGAACAAUUAUGUACAUUACCAACAUUUAUAACUGCCAUAUAUUGUCUUCGAGAUUGUGUUCAAUUACAUGCUGGACAAACAAUAUUGAUUCAUGCUGCAGCAGGUGCAACUGGACUAGCAUUCAUUCAAUAUUGUCACAUGAUUGGUGUUAAUAUUAUUGCAACUGCUGGUACAAAAGAAAAGCGAAGAUUUUUACGAGAAAAAUAUCAAAUUCAACAUGUAUUUAAUAGUAGAAAUUUAUCAUUUGUUACAAAAAUACGUCAAAUAGCACCAAAUGGAGUUGUUGAUGUUAUAGUUAAUUCACUUUCUGGUACUUUUAUACAUGAAUCAUUGAAAUUACUUGCACCACUUGGUCACUUUAUUGAACUUGGCAAACGUGAUAUUUAUGCAAAUUCAAAAUUAUCAUUAUUUUCAUUAAGAACAGGUUGCAAUUUUCACGUUAUUGAUUUAGUUACACUUCAAAAAUAUUGUCCACAAAAAAUUCAAGCUUUAUUACAAGAUAUUUCAAUUUUAUGUAAGAAUGAAAGAUUAAAACCAAUUGUACCGAUGAAAGAGUUUGAACCAUCAGAAAUACAACAAGCUUUUUCCAUUUAUUCUCAAGCAACCCAUAUUGGAAAAUUUGUAGUAAGAAUUACGGAAUCUGAUAAGCCAUUACAAAUUGAAAAUGAUGAAUCUGUAGAACAAUUACAACAGCAACGACAAGUUAAUAUGUUUUCGAAUUUGGUUUGUAAUCAUGGAACAAUCGUAAUCAGUGGAGGCUUGGGUGGUCUUGGUAUUGAAAUGUCCAAAUGGAUGAUAAAAGAACGUGGUGUUAAAAGAAUAGUUCUAUUAUCAAGAAGAGACAUUGAAGAAUUGGAUCAUGACAGUUUACAAUUUAAUGAUUGGAUGAAUCUUAUACAAGUUGCCAAACAAUAUAAUGCAUCUGUAAUAGGAAUGAAAGCAGAUGUAAGAGAAUUAUCCCAAGUAGUAGAAGUUCUUCGUCGUAUAAAUGAAAAUAAGGAUUAUCCUGUCCGUGGUAUCAUACAUAGUGCAAUGGUUUUACAUGAUGGUUUAUUAAAACAUAUGACACAAGAAAUAUUAUCUAAAGUCAUGCAACCCAAAAUUCGUGGCGCGUGGAAUCUUCAUCGUGCAACAGAAAUACUAUCAUGUCCAAUUAGUUUCUUUAUAAUGUUUUCAUCGCUUCGAAAUCAUAUUGCCGAUUUAGGACAAUCGAAUUAUAAUGCUGGAAAUAACUUUCUUGAUGCUCUUGCUUAUUGGAGGUUGAAUUGUAGAAAUCUACCAGCACUUUCUGUUAGUUUGCCAGCAAUUUCUGGAGCUGGUUAUCUUCAUAAUAAUGCAGAAUCUAUUGUCAAAUUAAUGCAAGAACAAGGAAUACUUUUGAUGCCAGCAAUUUAUGUUUUCAAAAUGAUUGAAAAAUUACAUUACAUUCAACAGCAACAACAAGUAACAGAAACAGUUAAUCUUUCUGCUCCUGUUAUGUUUGUUGUUGAUUGGAAAAUGUUAUUGUCUAUGAAUUUACCGUCAAGAUUGGUAAAUAUUGCAAAUGAAUAUAUAAAUACGAAAGAAAAACAAGAAACACCAAUUUCAUCUAAUAAUGAUGACCAAUCAACAUUAGAUAUUGAUAAAAUAACAAGCAAAAUUCGUCUUCAAGUUUCAAAACUAUUUGGUUCUUUAAAUGUAGAUCGUAUCAUUUCAAAUAGACCACUUAUACAUCAAGGUAUGGAUUCAUUAAUUGCUGUUGAACUUCGUAGUUGGUUAUCAAAAGAAAUGUCUGUUAAUAUUCCUAUUGUUGAAUUAUUACAAGGCAAGUCAAUUGAUGAUCUUGUUUUAUAUACUCGAAAUAAAUUACUUAAUAGACAAGUAAAUACCGAUACUGCAUCUUAUUCUAACAAUACUCGUGCAAUAUCAAGUACUAAAACUGAUUAUACUAAUACAAGUGAAAAUUCCUUAUUAAAUAUUGAAAAGAAAGACAUAGUAGAAUCACAAAUUUGUUACACAGGCACUUCACUUAUUUCUCCACUUCAUUAUCCUGCAUUCAAACCUCCAUUAUUUUGCAUUCACGAUAUUAUUGGUCUUUCUCAAACGUUUAUUCGAUUCGCAAUCCAAAUCAAAGAAACUUAUCAAACGGAAUCACCAUCAGUAUUUGCUUUUCGUGCAAGUGGCUAUGAAUCUGGUGAACCAUUUUUUCAAUCAAUUGAAAUUAUUGCUGAAGAAUAUAUAUUUCAAAUGAAAAGAAUACAACCAACUGGACCGUAUAAUUUACUUGGAUAUUCAUUUGGAGGACUUGUUGCCUAUGAAAUGGUUCGUCAGUUAUAUAAAAAACAUGGAGCAAUAGUUCGAUCGUUGAUAUUAAUUGAUCCUCCAAUACCAAUUCAAACAAAUGUUGUCAUACCACAAGACAUUGAUAAAAACCAAUUUUGGUCAAUGAAAACAUUCGGUUUUAUUUAUAGUUACUUGAUGAAGGACAAAACUUUUAACAAUUCAAUUGAUCAUGUGCUAAACUCAUCAUUAUCAGAGCAAGAGUCAACUCAAAUUCUACACAAUAUAAUGCAAACAGUAUUACCAACACUCAAAGAACGAUUUCGUAUAUCAAAAAAGACUGACGAAGAGUCUUUAGAAAAUCAGAAAGAUUUAAUGGCAAAAACAAUAUUCGAAGUUAUUAAAGCACAAACUAUAGCCAAAGAAAAUUAUACAUAUGAUUCAGCAACGAAUUCAAUUGAAAGUGUAAGACCAAAUAAUGCAAUCAUGUUUACCUUGAAACAGAACAAUCAAACACUUUCAAACGAAACGAAGCAUCGAGUUUGGAAAACAUUAUUGCCUGAUUUAAAAAUUGAACAAGUGUAUAGUACCCAUGAUACACUAUUAGAACCACCAACUGUCAAUGUGAUUGUUGAUCAAUUAAAAGAAAUGAAUAUUUUAUGA